AUGUCUUCACAACGGCAGCGUCAACAGCAGCUAAUGCUUGAUGCACGCCGACAUCAAAUACAAAUGAUGGCUGCUAAGCAACAACCAAACACCAGCAGCAGCAGCAGCAGCAACAACAACAACAACAGUGACACUCCGCGACAGCAAAUGCAGCCUCAGUCAGGGAUAAUGGGAUCCAAAUAUGAUGAUUUGCCCAUACUGGAGCCCACUGAUGUUAUCUUUAUCUGUGAAAAUCCUGUGUCGGUUGGUCUAGUUCCCGUCUUCUUGGGGCCCUUUGAAUCCGCCUGCCAGCACGGCCCGCCCUACAUCAUUCAGUCCAUUGUCUCAUCUAAUAAUCUGACACCUGCUUUUCUUCACCAUGGUCUCACACGUGCCCUACGCUCUGGCAAUAUUGAGGUUGCUCAUUAUCUCCUCGAUCGUGGCUCACCCAUUGUUCGCGAAACUCCAAGCAAUAUCUUCUGUGUACCCUUGGAACGACAAAUUGCUCUCUUUGAGCUUCUUACCCAGUAUGAAUGGACCCCCAACACCCCAGGUUACUAUGGUAGUACUCUUCUCCCUCGGACUAUCAAGAGCCCCCCCUCUUCUUCGUGUGGUGGACCAGAUACUUCCUCAUGUGCUGCACUCGAGGCAGCUGCAAUUCAUGGAGGUGUUGAGGCUGUGUGUAUGCUUUUAGAUGCAGGUGCUAAGAUUCAAAACGGUGUACCACUACACUAUGCUGCAGGGGCUUGUCCUCCCGGUACGAAUCCACAUGCUGGGCGUGUGGUCCCGAGCCGGGAAUUUGAUACCAGCAGGAUUCCAGUAAUGGAACUACUGGUUGCUCGUGGGGCUGAUGUUAAUCAGAAAGAAGAGUCCCGACACAUGGUCGCACAGUACGCGAUUGUGUAUGCAGUCAUGGCAGGAGCAGUUGAGCGAGUUAAGUGGUUGUUAGAGCAUGGGGCAGAUCCAUAUAAAAGAGGAAGCUGGGGUAGCGCAGCCGAAUAUGCACGUACCUCGGGGAAUGAAGAGAUAUCAAAGGUCAUUGAGGAAUAUACUAAGGGCAACGAUUGA